UUCGGGAAACCUUUCACGCCCUUCCAGCCAAACUGAUUGUCAAAUAUGUUUUGUCAUUGCAUGAAAAUCCUUUUCAUUUUGCAGAUAAGCUCAUCAAUCUCAGGUGAGCUGAUCAAAUUGGAUCCAGCUGAGCUCUGCAUCCCCGCCUUGCUAAACAAGAGUCUACUGCUCGGUGUAAAUAUAAUCAACACUACAGAUUUCUAUGUUGCUUUCCAUUCAUAUUGGAUCGAUAGGAUUGCACCGCGGGGCAGAAUAUCACUGGAUAAAGGAAUCCUGCCACCAAGGUCCACUAUAAAACACACAUUCACAUGGUGUACUAACGAAACUGAACUAGAAGCCAUGGAGCACUCAGAAGGUAACUUUGUCUGGAGCCGUGUUGUGACUGAAGGUGUCAAAAGCGGAGACAUCAUUAGCUGCAUGGGUGAGGAAGAGGGUCAGAAAUUGCCCAUCAUUCUUAAAAAGGCAACCCCAUGUACCUCAAACGAGCUGAUCCAGUUUGACCCGUCAGAGCUCAGCCUCCCCUUCAUGCCAAACAAGCCCUUAGUGUUUCCAGUUAAUAUAAUCAAUAAUACAGAUUACUAUGUUGGUUUUGUAACAUAUCACCCAGAAACAAAUGCGGGCGUGUAUGACACAGUACCCGCGAGUGGAGUUAUGCCACCACGGUCCACACAAAGGCUCAUUGUAAGAAGAGAACCAGAGGAAGACGAACAAUAUGACAUGCAAUGCGAAGACAAGUUCUUUCUAUGGAGCAGCUUAGUGCAUGAAGGUGUCGAAGCCAGCGACAUUCAGGCCUAUGCUGAUUACAAAGGGAGUAUGGAGUUGCCAAUUGUUUAUAAUAAGACGAGAUUAUGUACCUCAGACGAGUUGAUCCAGUUUGAUCCUCCCCAACUCCCCUUCCCCUUCCUGUCAAACAAGAGGGUGUCCAUGUUAAAUUUGUCUAAAGGGAUGUUUAAAAUAGCCAACGUUACGGACCACAUCGUCGGUUUCAGUAUAUGGUCUCAUGAAGACAAUUAUGCACGGUACAAAAUGGAACCACAAGAAGGGAUCCUGCCACCACAGUCCGCACAAACAAUCGAGGUAAGAAGGAUCCUUAACGGAAACCAAACCGAAGACUUGCAGUGCAAAGACAAGAUUUUUGUGUGGAAUGGAAUUGUGACUAAAGGUGUUGAAGUUAGCGAUGUCGGUAAAUACUGGAAGAAGAAAGAUAAAGAGUUGCCAGUUGUUCUUACGAUGCCUGGCGAAAGCAGUUCAAGGUAGCAUCAGCAUGGUCGAAUCUCUUGGACGUAAAGGCUUGAAGGAAGGUCUGUCAUGGGUUAGUAAUAGAACAGAAAUCUCAGAUAUGAGCUCGAGAAUGAGGACCGCCUGUGCGAAGCCUUCCUUGCUCGUCAUGGCACGGAAUCAUCGAAUUAUUUUAAAAUAGAUUGAUACAAUGACCUCAAAUUGGGACAGUAUCUUGAACUGUACCAACAUAACUUGUAGCUUGUGCAUCGCAAUUCGGCAUGCAUGUUCACCCAUGCCCUGAUGUCAUAUGUACCAUCCCCAGAACUUUAGGUGGAUUUAUACGGUACCAGGCGAUCCGCUCUACUGUUUGUGAACUUAAGUUAAAUUUCCAAGUUUCAGGAGAACGAAGAACAGCAGUCAGCAAUGAAUUUGUGAAAGCCCUGAAGCAGAUCAAGAGAAAAUAGUUGCCUGCAGAGGACCCAACUACAUGUUCCAGAGCAAAUCUGGGUAGCUUUAAUUGUCCUUUUCUAUGAAAAUGCAGGCAGAAACAUUUUUAA